AUGACCAAACUCAAAGAAACGAACCGGACGACGUUCCACAGUGGGACCCCUAUGGCCAGUUCAAAAAUCAUCGCGCGCGUAGUGUGUUUGCAAGAGUAG